CAGGAGUGAAGGAAUCAUGGGAUACGAACACAAGUAGAUGUGUUCAUGGAGUAUUCUAUGUUUUAUUUUUGUUUGAUAGUAUUUGGCAAUCGCAUGCCCAUCAGAUUAAUUUUUUCUUUUAUCAAUCCACCUCAUCAUGUUGGCUUCAAGUUCUACUAAUAAGAGUACAACAUAACAUUUUAAUCCCAAUCCCAAAGAUCUCUCCAUGGACUCGACCAAGCUUUUGCACCCUUUCACCUUCUAUCUCUCCACCGCGGUGGCCAUUUUUCGGUACCUCCAAACCGGUUUCUUUUGCCUGAAACGGAUUCCGAUCUUUUUCACCAUAGUUGAUACAGUGAUUUCAUUGUACUUCAGGUUAUGUGGCCUUUCACCUUUCACCAUUGAUUUAGACGAUCAAACCACGAUGCAUUUUUGGACCUCCAAUCAUAGGAGGUUCAACAAACCUAAUCUAGUCAUGAUCCAUGGCUAUGGUGGUGAUGCGCGGUGGCAAUUUGUCUAUCAAGUGCGUUCUCUGUCGCAAAACUUUAAUUUGUAUGUUCCAGAUUUAUUGUUUUUCGGCAAGUCUUCUUCGAAGAGAUCAGGCCGAACUGAUACUUUUCAAGCAAGGUGUUUGGCUGAAUGUUUGAAAAGAUUGGGCGUAGACAGGUUCUCUGUGUACUCAAUUAGCUAUGGAGGGUUUGUGGCAUAUCGGAUUGCUGAAAUUUUUCCAGAGGAGGUGGAGAAGGUCGUGAUUGUGAGUAGUGGGGUAGUUUCCAGUGAUGAUCAGAUAGAGGAGCAGAUCAAGAAAAUUGGAAGAGAUCCAGCAGCGAUACUUUUGCCUGAACAUCCACAAGAUCUAAGGUUCUUAGUGAACCUAUCAGUAUACAAGUGCAAGCCCUUGAGGUGGCUUCCUGAUAUAUUCCUUCAGGAGUUUAUCAAUGCAAUGGUUAAUCAUCAGAGAAAGGAAAAAUUAGAGCUACUGGAGCACUUGCUGGCCAAAAAAGCUGAUAUAAGCCUUCCCAUUCUAACACAGGAAACACUGCUAAUAUGGGGUGAUCAGGAUAAUGUGUUCCCAGUAAACUUGGCCUAUCAAUUGCAGAGGCAUCUGGGACCAAAAUCAAGGGUAAAGAUAAUCAAGGAUAUAGGCCAUGCGGCCAAUAUAGAGUCGCCCGAUGCUGUGAAUGAUCUGAUAACAUCAUUUGUUUUGGGUCGAUCCAAAUGGGAUAUCCCAUCAGUUUCUGAAAAAUCCAGUCUCAGUCAAGUGUAUUAGGAAUUAUAUCAUGUAAGAUUUUUCUACCAGAUUAUAAUCCAGUAAGACAAAAGGGUUUCUGCUAUCAAACCGAUUUACUCUUUCUUGUCGUGCUGAGGUUGAGAAUGGCAUGGGAAGGAUGAUCUUGCUGUUAUAAAUCUCAGUAAACUAUCGUUUGAAUUUU